AUGGCAGCUUUAUCUAUACUGCUAGCUCCUGGUGCCCAUCUAUUGAAUCCUGAUGUUCCUAAUUCAAACUCGACUAGAAGUAUAGCAAAACCACAAGAAUUUAUUACUUAUAUUAUAUCGGAUAUUAAGGCAGUGGAAUAUUUUCAAAAGGAUUUCGAUUCAUCAGGUGAAUUCCAUAUCAUUGAAGAAUCAACAAUAGGUGGGUUUGAUACUUACUUGGUAGAACAAUGGGUCAACGAUCGAAAAAUAGGUACUUUAAUAGCUACAUUUACCGGGAAUUUAUCAUCUAAAAUCCCUGUUAUUCGAUUCACUAUACUAAAGAAACAAUCAAAGUUUUAUCCGUUACGUUUCCAAGAAUAUUUAAAUGAACUUAUGCUUAAUCAUGCCAAAAUUAAACGUAUGGAUGAAGAUAAUAAUGGUAAUACUACUCAAGUUGUAAAUGAUACAGCAACUUUAACAUCAAGUUUAACUGAUUUCCCCGUUAAUGAAGUCUGUUUCGUAACUGAUUUAUCAUCAUUACCUUCCCAUCUUAAUUUAAUCCCACUACCCCUUGGUUUUACCAAAACUAUAUUUGAUGACUUUACCAUCAAUUCAAAUUUAAAAAAAUUAAGAUGUACUGGUAGAUCUUUAUCUUUAAUUACCCCAAAAGUUUCUGAUGCAAAUGAAGAUAAAUUUAGACAUAUGUAUAAGAUUUAUAAUGGUAAUAUACCCAUUAAGUUUGCCAUUCGAGAAUUCGUCAAUAUCAUUCAAAUAAGUUUAUUUUAUUUCGAUCUAUUAGAUGCAAAAUAUUGUGAUGGUUUAUUAUGUAACAGAACAGAAGAAGCCAUCAAGAGUUGGUGGAAUAUAAUAGGUUUACCUCACUUUAAUACCAAACCUAAUUUCUCAAAACGUGGUAUAUUACCAUCAUCUACAGCAGCAGCCAUUAUAAGUUUAACUUUAAGUGUUAAAUUAAGACUACAAUUGGUUGGAGGUUGUGAUGUUCCAAAGGAUUUCUUUGAUUUUGAAAAUUUCAUGUUAUCAAUAGGACAAUUUCAAAGACAAUAUAGAUUAGAUAAAAAACGUAAAUUGGAUCCAGAAACUUUACAUCGUUUAUUUUCAGUUACAACUUCAAAAUACUCCACUGAAAAAAGUAAUAAAUUUUAUUACUUUGGUGAUGAUGAUGAAGACGAUGAUGAAGAUGGUCAUACUUUAACUACCACAAUUUCAGCCUCAACCCCCAUAAAUCCAAGAUACAGCAUUGCCACAUCUCAAUCAACUAUGCUUUCAAGUCCAAGUCAACAACCUCGUAAGAAUAAAAGUCAUUAUGGUAUGGAAUUAAAGAAAUUAACCAAUGUGGUUAAAAAUACAGUACAAGAUAGAAUAGCAGGAGGUAGAGAUUUUGAUGAAGCAGCAGGAAAUAGUAGAAUUAGAAAAUUAGCAGAUAUUACUCCAUCAGAAGUUGAAACUUUAGACUUGAAUGAACUUGUCACUAAUUACAUAUCAGGAAAAACCUUAGUUCGUUUAUUUCAUGGUUAUGGAAAUACAUCUACCAAUAUCAUGGGUUCUCAAUCAACUGGAUCGUCUAAUAGUCAUGACUCAACUAACUCCAUAUCUGAAAAUGGUAUGCGUCAUCACCAUCACAGUCAUCAUCAUCAUCAUAGCCAUAACAUUAAGAGUAAUCUAACAGACAGCAUAACGAGUAGGCAAUAUCAAUUUAUAAGUCUUAAAGAUAAGGUCCUUCAUAUCCAUUCUGCGGAAGGGACUAAUAAUGGUUCAAUAACCGAUAUUUCAAGAUACUCUCGUGGUUUAAAUAGAAUGAGAAUGGGUUUACAAAAUACUAGAGGAAUAUUAUUACCAUACAAUAAAAGAGAUCAAGUCCAAGCUUAUAAUUAUCUUGAUUCAAAUAAUCAUAGUGAUAAACCUAAUAGUGAUGGAUUCCAUAAUGUGUCCAAUUCAAUUGUUGAUUCCUUAUUGCAAAUUUCGAACGACACUUCUUCAAGUUUUGAUGUCGAAAGUAGUCUUAAUGGUAAUCUUGGGAAGAAUGGAUAUACUAAGAAUGAUGAGACUUGUAAAGUUGUCAAGGAUGAAAAAUCUGAAAGAGUUCGUCGUAUUCUUUUCAGAAGAAGUUCGUAUCCAUUAAAUCCAAAUGAUUUAAAUGAUAUCAAAAAGGUUGAAUACACUAAGCCGGAGAAUGCUUAUAGUGCAUUAACAAUUGAGAGUUCAUACAGCAGACAAAGAAGUCUUAGUCUUUCUGCUAUAGAAAUACCGGUUCCAGAUGUAAAUGUUACUAGUCCGCUUACAUUUAGUGACAAAUACUUAAGCAAUCUUGAUAAAUUGGUUAAAUAUGAUAAUCUUAAGAAACUUUACACUGAAGAUACAUGUCCACCAGAGCUUUCAUUUUUAUAUUCCAAGGAUUCUAUUGACAGAGCAUACAAUGUAUUGAAUUUAGAGUUACUUAAAUUAAAUAACAUUCAAAGUCAAAUGAAUAAUAGUAAGACUAAAAUUAUAGAUGAAGAUUUAGUUGGUCAUCUUAGAUAUAGUGUCAAAGAUUUAACCAGUUCGAUUGAUAGAUUACGUUAUGAAACUAGAAUAGUGGUUAGAAGAAUCAAUGAAUUGGAAGAAAAUUGUACAUUAUUUGAAAUUAAACUAAAUGAAGAGUGCCGAUCAAAAUUAUCUAAUAUGGUUGAAAAUGUAAUUCAUCUGAAUAGAUUCAAAUUGGCUUUUCCAAAUAUUGAAGAAAGAAACAACAUCAUCAUAAAGCUAGGAGGUGAGGUUGAAGUAGAAGAUGUUGAAAGUAUCUCCAAUUUACCUAUGCAUCAAAGAUUAUUCCGGUUAAUAGUUAUGUUCUUAUUCGAUUUGAUGAUUUAUGUCUCACAAUUCUUUAAAUUUGAUAGAGGUAAGAUGAAUCUUAAUAGAAUAAGAGAACAAUGGGUAAAACUUGAUCCAAACAGAAGUCUUAUUAAGCAAGCCUAUAAUUAUAUAGGACAAGAACCAUCUCGAGACAGUGUUGCGUCUAUGGAUACCAUACGAUCAGGUCUGACUGGUUCAUCUAAUGGAUCUAUUAAUUAA